ACCGGAAGCACAUUGAUUUGCGUCACGUCCGGUGACUUAAGGCUACAGGUUUCAAAUGGUUCAUGAUUUAAUAGUUUUGUGCCUUAAAACAAACUCAACAAAUGUGAGUUAAAAUGAAUUACAUGCCGGGGACCGCCAGCCUCAUCGAGGACAUCGACAAGAAGCAUCUGGUUCUGCUGAGAGACGGGAGAACAUUGAUCGGGAUCCUCAGGAGCAUCGAUCAGUUCGCGAACCUGGUCCUGCACCAGACGGUGGAGCGAAUCCAUGUGGGGAAAAAGUUCGGAGACAUUCCUCGUGGGAUCUUCGUGGUCCGAGGAGAAAAUGUGGUUCUGCUGGGAGAAGUAGAUCUGGAUAAAGACUGUGAUCAGAUCCUGCAGCGAGUCUCCAUCGAGGAGAUCCUGGAGGAGCAGCGGGUGGAGCAGCAGGCCAAGCAGGAGUCGGAGCGACUGAAGCUGCAGGCGGUGAAGGAGCGAGGUUUGUCCAUCCCCAAAGCCGACACGCUCGACGAUUUCUGAACGUCGUUUUCACUUCCAGCGUGUUUACCUUCAGAGUGAAGAGACGCCACGUUUAAAACGUUCACUACACAAACGUGAGCCUUUCCCCCCCCCCUUUUUUUUUUAAAGAGAUCACGUCACUGAAAUAAAGUGAAUUUAUUUUGUUUUUCUUUUCUUUUUAAAAGCAGUCGCUCUGAAUUCGACUGCAGCCGUCCGCUGUCUUUAAUUUCUCUUUGAUGGAAACUGACGAUGGACAAAAAAACAGACGCACUUCAGCCUGCUGGCUUUUAGUUUCUACAUAACGACAGAAAAAUAAUGAAAGCUGAAAGCUUAAACUGUGUGUUUUUGUUGUUUCUGGCUUUAUGUUCUUGUGUGAAAUCACAAUGUACAACAAUAAAUCUAUUUUCUUUCGAUUAAACCUGUUUUGUACAGAGA